UUAGACACCAUACGCAAACAAUAACAAACACCAGAUAUAACUAAACACGCGCACGAACAACAAAACAUAUUUAUUUUCCAAAGCCAUCGGUUUGGAAUAAAUCUGGUAAUUUGAUUGAAUAUGAAUGUUUGGCGUUAACAAUUUAUUUACGUGAAAAAAAGUUCAUUCAAAGGUCCUCCCGAAGAAAAUUGUUAGUCUAACAAAGCAUCACUUAUCAACACAUUUCUAAUAAUAAUUUCAGUAUAUAAUAUAAAAGAUAGUCUUCGAAGAUAUGAAAUUUAUGUGAGGGUAGCAAAGACCACUAGAGCUGGAGAAUUGGAAAAUGUUUACAUAGACUUGCUGACACUUUCUCACAAACAAAUCUAAAGUCGAGGUGUCACGUAUCGUGUUCCAUUGUAUACUCAACUCAGCUGUUCACCGAGUGCAUCUUUCUUUUCUAUACGACAGUUCGCAACGUAAUACCGAGGUGGUUAUUCGUACGAAGGAGAAUAAUUUAAAAAUAAAAGCAAAAACGCUCCCAAACCACUUGCACCCCCUUUCGACUCAUCUCAGUUGCUAGGGUUUGACGUGAAAACAAAAAAAAAUUGACACCGUGCAUUCGUGAAAAUUUCGUGUGGUACUUUAGUCGUGAACAAAAUUCGCUUCUGGCAAACAUUCGUGGCAGUUCGCAGCAUAAUGGUGGGACAGCGUAAAUUUCGACUCGAUGAAGUAACUGCCCUGACGGCGGACCACGUAAAGAUCCGCGAUCCGGACAAAGUGGAGCACAUGCUGAAUGAACUGGUCGCUGGAGGAAUCGAUAAAUUACAGGUGGUGACAGAUUUCGAUUAUACAAUAACGAAACAGAAACUUAGCAAUGGUGAAAAGAUCCUCACAAGCUUCGGAAUGUUCAAUGAGUGCAAAUCAUUGCCUGUCAGCGUGCUGGAGGAAUCCAAAAAGCUGUUCGAAAAAUACCGGCCAAUCGAAAUCGAUCCGCACAUGCCGUUGGACGAGAAAAUCGUCUACAUGAUGGAAUGGUGGACAAAGACGGGUGAACUGCUGAAGGGUUUCCCGCUGCCACAGGAGGAAAUAGCAGAUGUUGCUAAACGGUUCAAGGAAGGUUUACGUGACGGAACACACCAAAUGUUCAGCGAUCUCAGUAGUUUACGCGUUCCGUGUUUGGUGUUCUCUGCCGGUCUAGGAGACUCCGUUGUUUCGGUUCUUCGACAAGCGGAUGUAAUGUACCCAAACGUGAAAGUGAUCUCAAACUUUUUACAAUAUGGUGCAGACGGUAAUCUGAACGGAUUGCAAGAAAAUAUGAUUCAUACCUUCAACAAGAAUGAAACUGCAUUGAAAGGAACGGAAUACUACGAUCUGGUACACGAUCGGGAUCAUGUAAUUGUGAUGGGAGAUUCCCUAGGAGAUGCUGGAAUGGCCGAUGGUAUACCGUUGUCCUCGCACGUGUUGAAGAUUGGAUUUCUAUUCGAUCAUCCGGAACAGAACCUUCCACGCUAUAUGGAUACAUUCGAUAUAGUGCUGAUUGAUGACCAGACAAUGAACGUCCCUCGCGCAAUUUUAGAAAUGGUUAAAAACAAGUCGCACAAGUGAACAUAGCUUGUUUAAUUCAGAAGAAUUCGUACAUUUCAUCUUAGAGAGUGGAAACAUUUUUACUCAUCGUCCAUGACAUUCAUAAUCAAACUGUUAAAAACAUCAUAGAGACGUUUUGUUUUUUAAUGUUCAAUUAGUAUGAAUUUUUUAUGGCUAUAAUUUGUUGAGUUUUGGGCAUCAUUGUUCACACGUAUAAAACUACUUGAUUUGAACGGAGGAAAAUAGUAACAAAUUUAGCCAAAUCGACAAGUCCAACAAAAGAGUUUCGAAUUAGAUACGUAUUUGUACGUACUUAACACUGAGGCAUGUUACGGAUUCGUACUUAUUGGCAACCCUACAUUAUAUUGAACAAUUUAAUAUUACAAGGAAAUCAUCAUAUUAGUAAAAUAUUGAAUUAUGUUUCUAAUCAAGGCAAACGAUGGUAUUUUUAGUGACCAUACCCCAAAUAUUCAUUGUACUAAUAGAUAUGUAAUAACAUAUAGUUCCGCAAUUGUUGUAUGUAUGCCGAAAAUAGAUUGGAAAGUUUGAUACAGUACAUAAUUUAUUGUAUGAAGUAUAGCCAAAUUUAACAAAAUAAAAAGAAUUGAAAUGAAAUUUUGGUUAAUAAGAAAUUAAA